AUGGCUCGAAAGCCCUGGGUUGCACAGCUUCGAAAUGCGACUACUGUGGCAGAGCAGAUCGUGUGUCUGCGUGCCCUGAAGAACGAUAUCGUCGGAAACCCUGCAAAGAAGGAAAUCGCAGUGACAGAAGGCGUCCUGGAAACUGUGGUCCGCUACACAUUCAACAGAGCUGAAAAUGGGCAAGAAGGGAAAUUAGAAAACCAUACCUUGGCAUCAAGGCCGUUACUGGAAGAGGAGCUGCUCCGGUUGCAAGGUCUACAGGUUCUGGCGAGUGUAGCUCUAGGAGGUCCACCAUUCCUCGAUUCUUUGCAAUCUGCCUCGUCUCUGUCAGCAAUCCUCUCCAACCUCUGCCCACGGAGCAAUCCUUCCCAGCUAGUGUUAGCCUCCCUUCGAGCUCUUUCAAACCUUACAAACUCGACCAUCAAAGCUCCCACCAUACACAGUUCCAACACAAGCGCAAUAGCAGACGGUCUUUUCUCGCGUCAGAAUCUUAACUCGCUGUACCGACUCAUCUCACAGUCCUCUCGCUCGUCGCUUGUUCAAAUCCAGAUCUCACUUGCGGCGUCUCUGAUCAGUAGGCUAUGCCGGGAAGAACGCCAUCAACAGGCUCUCUCAAAUGCAGGAAUCCUGGAAGCUCUUGCUGCCAAAUUGGCAAGUUUCGUGGUUGCCGAGGGACUGGUCAUCCCCGGAGCAGAGGUUCAAGCUCAGAGAGAGGGUCUUCAAGAAUUCUUCCCGCAGGCAGCUCCACCAAACGCCAAACUCUCUGUCAUCCUAGACUCAAUCGCUGUUAUCAUUGCUGACUCCAAGUUUAGAGCAUCACAGCUACUCUAUUCUCCUUCGAUCUUAGCAAUCUUUCCCUUUUCUCAACCUGUCGAGUUCGGAGCUAGUCAGAACGCUCGGGCAGCUUGGAAUGCAUUCAACUCUGCUGCUUUGAGCGUACGUCAAAGCCAGCUCAACGCAGUGGACUAUUUGUUGCCAUUCGUCCCUCUGCAUCAAGUCAAGAGUACAAGUGCUCAAGCAUCUGCAUUUCCACCACUCGGAAGCUCUCAUUCGAGUCAGCAUUUGGCCAUCAGCGGUCGCUCGGGGACUAAAUAUACCGCUUCUUCUCUUCCAAGCUGGACUCAUUCGAAUCAGGAACGUGGCUUGCCAGCCCAGGAGUCACCAUCGGCCGAAUCAGAAGAUCCAGAAAGUCCUCUAAUUGCCUAUCUUAUAUGGCUGCUCAAAAACCGAACUGGUAUGGAGCGGUUGAUGGCUGCCUCGGUCCUGACCGUGCUAUAUAGGGCGGGCUUGACACAUAAAACUAGAGAGACAGCCCUCGGUCUACUUGUGGUACCUCUUUUGGUUCAUAUGCUUGGCGACGAUCUUACUCCUUUGCAAGGCAAUGACACUCUCGCGGACGAGGAGAUCAUAUCGCUAGAUCGGACAGUGAAGGAACGAGCUCCAGCGAUUCUUGCUAUGCUCAUUACCGACAGCGAGUACCUCCAAAAGUCCGCAUUCGAUGCUGGUGUCAUCAGCAAGCUAUCAAAGCUGCUGAAAUUUUCCUACGAUCCUGUUUUGAGGCCUUCGGGCUUGUCCUCCUGGUCGCCUGACGAGAAAAACAGUGAAGAUCACCUGGACGUCCAAUCUCCACGCUUAGGAGAGGAUGGCCAACCUCCUGCAUUAUUACACAAGAUCAAGGUCAGAGAAAGUGUACUGAAGGCUAUUGCAGCACUGGUUCCAUUCAAGGAUGAGUAUAGAAAGGCUGUAGUUGAUGAACAUAUUAUGCCUUAUAUCGUGUCAUCAAUGAGUCCAAAGCCUCGAAAGCCCUCAAUGAAAUUUAGACGGAGGUCCGAGAAGUCUCCUCCUGACAGUUACGACGGCGACGAAUUUAAUGGGGGAUACGGCAUCAAUCCAGUCGAAGUGCUCAUAGCUGCCUGUGGUGCUAUACGCGCCCUGUCUCGCUCAGUCAGUGUUCUGCGUACUACAUUGAUAGACAACGGGGUUGCCGAGCCCAUCUUUCGUCUGCUUCAGCACUCUGAUAUUGAAGUCCAGAUUGCAGCAACGGCUGCCAUCUGUAACCUGCUUACAGACGUCAGUCCCAUGCGCGAGGUACGUCUCAUUAACACCUCCGAAUAUGAUGACAAUCUAACAGUUUUCGAGCCAAUCGCACAAGCAGGUGUACUGAAGAUUCUAUGCGAACACGCUCAUUCCGUGAAUGCAAAGCUACGACUCAAUGCUCUCUGGGCUUUAAAGCAUCUUGUCCAUGGUGUAGGCAAUGACAUGAAGAGGCAUUGCCUGGAGGAACUAGGACAGGGCUGGCUAGUUCAAUUGAUAUGUGAUGAUACCGAAGACGAAGCCCUGCUCAACUCGAGAGGGAAGAGCGAGAGGGGCAGCCCGCGGGGUGAUGGCAUGGACGAGGAUGUAGUGAUGGACCGAUUUGAAGAGCAGGUAGAUGCGGCAUUGGGGAACUCCCUUGACCUACCCGUUUCGAAGUCCAGCAGUCGAAGCAAAUAUAUCCAGCAGGCCGAGGCCCGACUUGUCGCCUUGCGGGACGCAGAAACGAACCCAGCCGGGUUGGCACGGAAGGACGAUAUCGCAGUGCAAGAACAGGGCCUCGAUUUCAUCCGUAAUCUCAUCGGUGGUGCAGGCCAGGGGGGUACUGCCGAUACGACGGAGAUGAUCGACUUCCUAUUCGGCGCCCUUGGCCAAGACAGAAUCUUCGAGAUACUCGCGUCAAAACUCAAGCCAAAGCUGAUAAAUCCAUACAGCCGUGGUACACAGAGUACCGAACGAAAGAUCUUGCCUCCGCAAGCUGAGAUUAUUAUUGCCGUUUGCUACGUCCUGGUUCACAUGGCGGCGAGCGUACCCCGUCACAGACAGUUGAUCAUAGGACAGACAGACUUGCUGAAGCUUUUGAUACAGCAUUCCAGCCACCCCAAUGUUGAGGUCCGACUGGGUAUUUGCUGGCUGGUGACGAAUCUUACGUGGAUGGACGACGAACAUGACGAGGGAGCUUGUGCCCAGCGCGCGAACGAACUAAAGAAACUUGGUUUCCUGGCCAAGAUCGAGAUGCUGAUGCAGGAUUCUGAACUGAAUGUUCGGGAGCGGGCGAAACAUGCUAAUUACCAGUUUCAUCACAAAUGA